AUAGUAUUCCACUCACAACCUAAAGAGAUAAGUGAGAGACAUUUGCUCGAAAACCUUAAAAUCAACCAUGAAGAACACCAAGCUCGUGGCGAUCCUUGUCCUCCAGGCCAUCCUGGUCAUGGGAAUCCUCCCACACGUGAAUGCCAACUACUUCCCCAAGUGUUGUGACAAAUGCAGGUCAUUCUCGGGGGUCGAUGUAUGUGACGACGCCCAUCCUCAGUGCCCCAAGGGCUGCUCCACAUGCCGCGCGGUGCAGACAGGCCGUGUCAAGAUGUUCCGGUGUGCCGACAUGCGCUCCACCAUCAAUGCCACGUUGCAAAAAGAACUAACCAGUUCAACUCAGAUCACAAGACUUGUUCCGCCAAUAAGAGAAGCUCAUAUAAGAUGA